UUACAUCUUUAGCACCCCGAUACACAUCCCGACCGAACCGUUACCGGAAAAGGUAGCGCUGCUGACCUGCUGGAUGGCCACUGGCAGCACGAUUGUCGUUGGCGCGAAUAAGUUUCACCCUACUCUCAUAUUCUCUCUUAGCUCUUCAUUCUUCAAAGCAGCGGGCCAGGAUGUAUAUCCCAUGUUGGCGAGGCAGUUCUAUGCCCACUUUGACACAACCAAUCAAAAAGGAGGUGUGAUAAAAACAUCGGUGAAAGAACUGAAGAAAGAAGCAAAAAUGGAUGUGGAUGCUGAGCUAAUCGAACAUCCUAGUGGUACUGAGGGAGACACAUCCAAUUCUCAAAAUUCAGGAAUGAAUCAAGAACUGAUCCAACAGAAGAGAUUGAAGGGAAAACAAUCAAUCAGCCAUACUAAUCCCUACUUCAAAUUGCUCAUUACAAUCGAAUGCACCGGAGAGAAAAUGGACCAGCAAAGGCCGGUGGGAGGAGGCUCGGGCACAGGUAGAACGAUAAACAUAUAGAAGAUAUUCACGAAAUCUGAAAAUGUCCAUCUAAAAAUCAAGGAAAAGUUGGAGGAGAUGAACCACCUGAGAGAAGACGGCCAGCAAAGGCCAGUUGGAGGAGGCAGAGGAGAACGACUGAGAGCAAGUUGGAGGAGAACCGCCGGAGAACGGACUCACAGUCUUCUUCCAAGGUGAGUAAUCGAUGAAAUUGACGCUUCCCACUCACUAAUCGGGAGUUUCCGACUUCGAUCAGAGCAAGAGCCCCGGGAAAGGGAAACCCUAACCCCGAGUCCCCGACGGCAGACGAGUGGCGACCACAGAGAGAGUAGAGAGAGAGAGAACAGGUUGAGAACAGCUCUUCCCAAUCCGGCAAUCCCGACUGAUACAGAUGAGGGUAACCUUACCUUCUUUUUUUUUUUAAGUAAUUAGUAAUUACCAUCCGGUUCUGGAUUCCGGUUCCGGUUCCGGUUUUGGAUACCCAUAGGCUGGAACCGGAACCGAAAUCGGAUUUCACCGGUUCCUUAUUUUGAUACCCGGACCCUACCCUAUUUUCAAUACGAGCUACCCGGACCCUACCCUACCGGGUAGGUUCUGAUCGGUUCCGGGUAUACCCGGUAUCCGUGCACACCCCUAAUACUUACUUGUCUUGAUAUAGGCAAACACUUGUUCAAACAUCAUAUAUCUCGAUAAGAAUUAUCAUGGAAGAAAUGCAUGAACCUAUCAACCGAACGUAGCACUAUAACCAUUGGCCAUUGAUAGGGUGCGAGGGAAUAGUUGGGAAUGUUAAGAAAGAGUAAUAUCAUUAGGCACUCGUCCACAUGGAAUAAAUUGGGGAGAUGUGUUUUUUUUUUUGGGCUAACCCGGGGUGUUCAGGCUUCGCCCGACUAAUCCCCGGGGCUCUUUGAACCCCCAGCGGCGUACAGAGCGGGUAAUUACGUCAAAAGCGCUCCAGUAGCCCCAAGGGGAUUCAAACCCGGGAUUGGGUGCAAGUUUAGGUGCACCUUAACCACUAGACCAAAUCUCUUGGAGUUAACUGGGGAGAUGUGUUGCGUCAAUACAUUUUAUUCUAAUUUUUGGUACUCGUGUAAUCAGCACGGAUUAAUGACAUUGUUUUCAAUAUUGUCUUGAAAUCUUUUGCAAUGUGUCAGUCCAAGUGA